AUGGAGGAAACAUACAAAGAUAGAACUUCAUUAAUGAAAGGGGCAAAAGAUAUUGCCAAAGAAGUGAAGAGGCAAGCAGUGAAAAAAGUGAAUAAAGCUGUUGAAAAGGCUCAGGAUGGCUACACACAGAGGUCCUACAAUCGAUUCCAGGAUGAGGAAGAUGAUGAUGAUUACUAUGUGCAAGGAGGAAAUUACGGUGCUGAAGCUAAUGAUGAUGAAGGGUCAAGUGAAGCAACUGAAGGGCAUGAUGAAGAUGAUGAAAUUUAUGAAGGGGAGUAUCAGGGAGUCCCCAGCAUGGGGGGUAAAGAUGGCAUGGUGGCCUUAGGUCAGCCUAUGCGUGAUGAAUAUAAGGAUCGUCAUGAACUGGAAACAGAGAGAAAAGCUGAUGAAGAAGAACUAGCACAGCAGUAUGAACUGAUAAUACAAGAAUGUGGCCAUGGUCGUUUCCAGUGGGCCCUCUUCUUUGUGUUAGGAAUGGCCCUGAUGGCUGAUGGGGUUGAAGUUUUUGUAGUUGGAUUUGUGUUGCCCAGUGCUGAAACAGAUAUGUGUAUACCCAAUUCUGGAUCAGGAUGGCUUGGUAGCAUAGUGUACCUGGGGAUGAUGGUGGGGGCAUUCUUCUGGGGAGGCUUGGCAGACAAGGUGGGAAGGAGACAGUCACUCCUGAUAUGCAUGUCUGUCAAUGGAUUCUUUGCCUUCCUUUCAUCAUUUGUCCAGGGCUAUGGCUUCUUCCUCUUCUGUCGCUUGUUUUCUGGAUUUGGGAUUGGUGGAGCUGUGCCUACAGUCUUCUCCUAUUUUUCGGAAGUGCUUGCUCGGGAGAAACGAGGUGAACACCUGAGUUGGCUCUGUAUGUUUUGGAUGAUUGGUGGCAUCUAUGCUUCUGCAAUGGCUUGGGCAAUAAUUCCUCAUUAUGGAUGGAGUUUCAGCAUGGGCUCUGCCUACCAGUUCCACAGCUGGCGAGUAUUUGUGAUCGUCUGUGCACUGCCUUGUGUCUCAUCCGUGGUAGCCCUCACCUUUAUGCCAGAAAGCCCGCGGUUCUUGCUGGAGGUUGGAAAACAUGAUGAAGCUUGGAUGAUACUCAAGCAAAUUCAUGACACAAACAUGCGAGCUCGUGGUCAGCCUGAGAAAGUCUUCACAGUGAACAGAAUCAAAACUCCAAAGCAGAUAGACGAGCUUAUAGAAAUAGAGAGCGAUACAGGAACUUGGUACAGGAGAUGGAAAAUUUGCAGCAUGAACUUGAGGAAGCAACAUUAUAUUUGGUUGACAUUUAUGAGAUGCUUCAACUACCCGGUGAAGGAUAAUACAAUCAAACUUACAGCUGUAUGGUUCACCCUGUCUUUUGGCUACUAUGGCCUAUCUGUCUGGUUUCCUGACGUCAUUAAACAUCUGCAGUCAGACGAGUAUGCAUCCCGAGUGAAACAUUUCCGCAAUGAAGAGGUUUCACAUUUCGUCUUCAACUUCACACUGGAGAAUCAGAUUCACAGCAAUGGAGAAUACAUCAAUGACAGGUUUAUUAUGAUGAAGUUUAAAUCAGUAACCUUUGAAGAUUCACUUUUUAAGAACUGUGUGUUUGAAGAUAUUACUUCACUGAACACAUACUUCAGGAACUGUACUUUUGUGAAUACCACCUUCUACAACACAGAUCUCGAGCAGUAUAAAUUUGUGGACAGCGAAUUGAUAAAUUGCACAUUUUUCCACAUCAGGACAGGAUGCCAGAUUUCUUUUGAUGACGACUACAGUGCCUACUGGAUUUACUUUGUUAAUUUCCUGGGAACUUUGGCAGUGUUACCAGGGAAUAUUGUGUCCGCUCUCCUGAUGGAUAGAAUUGGACGGUUAACGAUGCUAGGUGGUUCCAUGGUUCUCUCUGGCAUCAGCUGUUUUUUCCUGUGGUUUGGGACCAGUGAAUCCAUGAUGAUAGGUAUGCUGUGCCUCUACAAUGGCCUGACCAUCUCAGCAUGGAACUCUCUAGAUGUUAUUACAGUGGAGUUAUAUCCUACUGACAGAAGGGCAACAGGUUUUGGCUUUUUGAAUGCACUAUGCAAAGCAGCAGCUGUACUUGGAAACUUAAUAUUCGGUUCUCUUGUUGGUAUCACCAAAGCAAUCCCUAUUCUCCUUGCUUCUACUGUUCUAGUAUGUGGAGGUCUUGUAGGACUUCGCCUUCCUGACACAAGAACCCAGGUGUUGAUGUAG